AUGACCAAAGUUCUUGUGGAGAACGGUGCAGAUGUCAAUGCACAGGAAGAUAAAUAUUGGGGGAAUGCACUGCAGGCUGCAGCAUGUGGGGGGAAUCUGGAUGUAAUCAAGUUUGUUGUAGAGAACAAUGCAGAUGUCAAUGCACAGGGAGGGCAAUAUGGAAAUGCACUGCAGGCAGCAGCAUUCCAGGGAAAUCUGGAUGUAAUCAAGCUUCUUGUAGAGAACAAUGCAGAUGUCAAUGCACAGGGAGGGAAAUAUGGAAAUGUAUUGCAGGCAGCAGCAUUCCAGGGAAAUCUGGAUGCAGUCAAGUUUCUUGUAGAAAACAAUGCAGAAGUCAAUGCACAGGGAGGGUUGUUUGGGAAUGCACUGCAGGCAGCGGCAUGGAGGGGAGAACUAGAUAUUGUGAAAUAUCUAGUUGAACAAUGUGCAGAAGUCAAUGCACAGGGAGGAUUGUUUGGAAAUGCACUGCAGGCAGCAGCAUGGAGGGGAAAACUGGAGAUGGUCAAGUUUUUUGUAGUGAAGAAUGUAGAUGUCAAUGCACAGGGAGAGCAAUAUGGGAAUACACUGCAGGUGUCAUAA